GUUUUAACGACAUUUGUAUAUUUUCGCUCCGCGUUAAGUUGGGGGUAUUUUACUUCCUCGAGACUGGAGUUUGGAGUAAUUUGGCAUAAUUUACUCUAUCAUGACUUGUUUAUUGUGUAGCCUCGUGUUUGUUGCUGACGAUUACAGGAGGCCUAACAAAAUUAUGUUACAUGGUUCCGUCUAAGCAACCCUCCUUACCAUCAUGAUAAUAGUAGGACUAUCUAUCGUUAACUGAGUUCAGAAUUUCAAUCGAAUUCUACCCAGGAUGAGGUCAUUAAGCACACAAAGACUUCAACGUCGAUACGCGAUGAGACCAACUAAACUCAAUAUAAGAAUCCUGAUCAUACUCGUAGUCUUUGUCCUAGCCUUGGUUCGAGUUAGCUUUUGGUUUAUCAGACAAGAUGAUGGAUUUCAAUUCGUGGAACUUCUGGAUGAGGAAUACAACGAUGUGAGCGAAUCAGACGGAACGCAGGGCUCAGACAUCGGCGGAACCUUCGGGGAGGAGAACAGUGACAGGGAAGUUGACUAUGAAUUCGAUGAAAGAAAUUCAGACUUUGACGAUACCAAGAACGGUGCUAUAAGGUCCAACAACUCCGAGGAGUAUUAUUACGAUGCGAGUGAAGGUAAAGGCAGGGAGAUUAGAAAAGAGUGGUCUGUGCACUCCAAAGUGACUAUUGAGACUAGUUUGAAAAAUAACACAACGAAUUUCGUUUCUAUGGUCGCCGGGAACACCACACUGAAUAAAACUAACAAUGUCAGCAGGAAUCCAGUGAGAGGGGACGACUUCGAAUCCGACACCGACGUCGGCUCUGAGGUAACUGGAGAUGACGUUGAGGGGGCCGAUGACGGCGGACGGAACGAUACCCUUGAGAUAGAGCUUACCGAUGAGGCAAGAAUGAACCAGAUUGCCAUGGUAACUGCCGAGCGUGGUGAUGCUCAUCAACCCCACAGUUAUAAUCAGCUUCCGCUCACGGUUCAAAAUGGGGAUUCCAUACACGUGGAUAGAUAUGAAAACAAGAAUGACAUGGAACAUAAGACAAUAGAGAAUAGAGAAAAGGAGGAAUGAGCCACGGGCCAUAGAGACCUGAGAAAUGAAUCAGACUUUAAUGGGAUAUAGACAUUAAUACACACUCUUACAAAAUGAAAUGUAAAAUCAUCAAUAGAGUCAGUGGAGGAGUGACAAAUGUUAUAUCCAACCUUUCGAUUCAAUUCAAUUUCAUUUAUUUCACUUCCAUCAAACAAAAACAAAUUGUAUACCAUAUAUAAACAUAAAUAUAUAAACAUAAACCUUGCAUGAAGGCGUAUCCAAUAAUUUAAAGGUCAAGUCCACCCCAGGCAAAUGCUGACUUGAAUAAAUAGAAAAAAAUCAAACUAGCAUAGUG